CCCAGCGCGCGGCACCGCGGAGCGGCGACAACGGGCUCAGAGCUCAGCGCAGGGACCGCUAGGGCGGCGCUGGGGACCCGCGACCCGCGACCCGGUGACCCCGGCCGCGCCAUGCGGAACAAGCACCUGCACUGGCUGGUGGCCUUCGCCACCCUCGUCCCCAUCGUGCUCUUCAGCUUCUCCUGGUUCUGCCUCUCCAGGAUGGCCGACAUGAGUAAUCAAUUAACUAGUUGUAAAAACCAUAUUUUGGAGUUUAAGGAAAAUAUUCUACAUUUAAAAAGUACUAACAAACAUAAUCAUGAAGAGCUCUUGAAAACCUUGACUGAGAUGACGCAUGAAAUCAUGCAGAGAGGAAAUCAGUCAGAAAAUUUAGAUGAGAAGGAAACGGAUACCCCGAGUAAGGAAGAAACCAUUUCUAAUCUAUUUGAAGACUUUAAGUUCUUUCUUCCUCAUCUAAGGAAAGUCAAAAGAAUUUAUCCUGAAGUAUUAAUUGGCCAAGGGAAAACAGGCGUUUCUUUUGCAGUAGGAAUUCCCACCACAAGCAGAGGAAAUCACACUUACCUGAAGCAAACACUGAACUCUGUUGUCAGCAGGAUGACGCCUUGGGAAGAGAAGGAUGCUGUCGUGAUUGUUUCUGUUGCAGAUAGUAAUGAAGAUUAUGUAAAAUCGGUUGUUGACAUGGUUAGAAAAAGAUUCAAAAGACAAGUGAAGUCUGGAACCUUAGAAGUUAUUUCCGUCCCUGACUUUUUUUAUCCAAGCGUGAUACAUGAGGAAGCAAUUAAUUAUUCACAAAAAGAGAAGCGUUGGCGUAUAAAACAAGUAUUGGAUUUUUCCGUUUUAAUGGCAUAUGCCCAACCCAAGGCUACAUAUUAUUUACAGCUAGAAGAUGAUAUCAUAGCUAAAAAGAUGUACUUUACAAAAUUAACAGAAUUUAUUAAAAAUAUGACUUCGAAUGAUUGGUUUUGUGUUCAGUUUUCAGUGCUGGGAUUCAUAGGAAAACUGUUCAAAUCUAAAGAUUUACCUGAGUUUGUACACUUUUUUUUAAUGUUCUAUGAGGAAAGACCUAUUGACUUACUCGUAGAUGAAAUUUUUCACAUAAAGAUAUGUGAUGCAGGAGAACCACUAGAACAAUGUCUAAAACGAAAGACACAAGUGCGUAUAAACUAUAGACCUUCUCUUUUCCAGCAUGUGGGUAUACAUUCAUCAUUACCCCAACGAGAACAAUUCUUAAAAGUUGCGGUGGAGCAAUUUGGAAAAGUCAUAUUUGUGGUGUUUAUGGUGGCCAGGGAGAAUCCCCAUAAUAUCUCCUGGGAGUAUCCAUCCAGGGGGUCACAAGCGGUAAACUGGAGGACCCUUGCCCAGAUAGGGGUGCAGAAGGAUCCCCGGGGCCUCCGAGCUGGCGCGCCCUUAAUCGCGGUGGGCUCGACUUGGGCACCCUGCAAGGGGUCAAUCCAAGAGGAGAGGUUGCCCGAUAGCCCCCGCCAUCCGGCCUGGCAGCACCCGCUGCCUGUUGAACAGUUUAACCUGUCAGCCCCCGCCCGCUGCGUAGCCCCUGCUAUCGGCGCUUGA